AUGCAACUCGCAACUGCUCGACUGCAAAAUAACCGCUCGGAGGAGGAGAACAUGACCGCCCAAGUGAAGAAACAAACUGUCAGCACACCACGGCUUGCUCUGGGGAACGUGAAAAAUGUGGCUACCCCGAACAGAGCAGGGCUCAAACCAUCGACACCUAUGCCUAAGCCAACGUUGCAAACGGUUAGUUCGAAUCUUGACAUAUCGGAAUCGCGAAGGCGCCUGUCGGAGUUAUGUUCAGGACGUAACUCCCUCAAACCUCACUCUUCUGCUCUGCAGCCGUCUGAGCUUCAUCGUUUCGACUUGAGUGAUGAUGUCAUCGAAGAGUGCAGUCUCGAAGAAGACAAAGAUGAUUGUUCUCACUCCUUUCAGGAUAAUGUCGUUCUUCAUGAAGCUGAGAACGAAGCUGAAUACUUGCAGAAGCUGAUUUCGAGAGACCACGGAGGUCUCUAUGAUAUUGACGAGGAAGACCCUAUUGAGUUUUGUGGUCCUGAAAAUGAACCCGAUAACUACGAUGAUAUCAAAACCAACACUCCCGUAUUGACAGAAGAUUAUCAUCGUUUCCAGUACGAAAAACCGGACGAAGAUGGAUUACAAAUCGCUAGAAAAUACACUUUGGAAGAAAUGGAAACGUUGUUCGAUAGUGUCAAUGAAGUCCUAAUUUUCUGA